GGUGGAGGAUGACGCGUUUCUCACGGAGCCUUUCCUGGGCCUCUUGGCAGUUCCUCCCUCGGAGCCCCUCAUGUUUGUACCAGAAGGCAGGGGCCGGACGUUCUUCCUGAGUGGCCUCACGCUGGGAACACCAGCGCCGGGAUGAGAGCUCACCUCCACCUGCCCCAGAGAUAACGACAAGAGCAGCAUCAUCUUUUCUGGGUUAGUGGGACUCCUGGCUGUCCUCCUGCUCAUCACAGUGGCCUGCAUCCUGUGGAACUGGAACAAACGGAAGAAGCGUGAGUCCUUGUAUAUCCUGAGUUGAGACAUAGUAGGGCUAAUCCUCCAGCCUGGCAUGGCACUGAGGAGUCCUCUGCCCUUACCUGGCACACUGGUCCUCAAUUGCAGUGCACUGGGAUCAGAAGAACGUGGCUCAAGUGCCCCUGCAGCCAGUUUCACCCUCGUCCUGCCUCUGUCCAUGAGUCCCCUAUUCCUUUAGUUCAAAAGGCACUGGAGGACAGUGUGGCAGAAUUUCAAAUGGAAAUUCUGGCUCAAGUCUAAAAAGAUAAUUGAUUUUAUGCUACCAGGUAGGGGUGGGGAACAUUUCCAGGGAGCAUCUUGUCCCCAAGAGUCCUCACAGUUGACCCGUGCCAUGAUCCCCAUCUCUCUCACUGCUUGCUUUGCAGGGCGGGUUCCUUACCUCCCAGUGACUGCCAUGCCCUCAUUGACUCUGCCUCGACCCAGACCACGAGCCAAAAAUAUUUAUGAUCUCUUGCCUCAGCGGCAAGAAGAGCUGGGGAGACAUCAGCCAAGGAAUAUCCGCAUGUUCAGUGCCGAGAGCCUCCUGUCCAGAAAUUCCGACAGCCCGGAGCAUAUGCCCUCCCAAGCAGAGAGCACCCUCCAGAUGCACACAGCCCAUAUCCACACCAUGGGAUAUGCAGUUGGUGUCUACGACAAUGCAACGGUGCCCCAGGUGUGCAGGAACGUCACUCCCUCGACACACUACGUCAAUGUCAGAGCUUCCAGGGAUGUCUCGAGCACUUCUUCAGAGGAUUCAAAUGAUUAUGUCAAUGUCCCCACAGCAGAAGAGAUGGCUGAGACUCUAACUCCUAACAACAGCCUGCCUGAAAGUCUCCUUGUUCUUUCAAGCGCCCAGCAGUCGGACUUAACUGAGAAAAGACACAAGGGCUGUGGGGAUGCCAGUGACUGUACCAGCUUUUGGGCUCCAGGAACUAAGGACAGCGAUCCACUCAGCGAUGGGGAGGAUUCUUCUCAGACCUCAAAUGACUAUGUCAACAUGACAGGUUUGGAUCUCGAGGACAUCCAAGAGGAGUUGCCCUGGGUGGCUUUUCAAUGCUGCAGAGAUUAUGAGAAUGUCCCACCAGCAGAUCCCAAGGGAAGCCAGCAGCAAACUGAAGAAGAAGUGACAUCUUCAAACACAGACCAUGAAGAGGGAAAGACAGAUGGCCCGGGGACUGACAUCCAUCCUCUCACAAGGAAUUCCCUAUCUUCAGGGCACUGUGUAUCCCCACUGAGUGAGGACUGUCAGAUGAAACAUGAAGAAGAAAUGUCACACGAAGACACUCAUGACUAUGAGAAUGUGCUACCUGCCAAGUUAGGAGGCAGAGACAGGGAGCAGGGGCCUGGUGCUCAGCUCCCUCCUGAUGAAUGAAUACCCCGUUGCCCAGCUGGAAAGCCACACAAAGUGGUCUAUCCUGUUGGCUCCUCAGCCGCUGAAGAGUCUCUAGUGAAGACCCUUGACCACCCUCGAACGUCAGUGGAUUCCCUUGGUUAGAUUAGCCAGAGGCUGAAAGGAGCAAGAAGCUCAAAGGCUGCCCGAAGGCAAAGGUUUGGGAAAUCCAGGAAGGAAUGCUUCUCCAGCAAAGUGCUGUUGUCUCUCAGGCCAGCCUAAGAAUGUCUGCUGGAGCUGCCCUUCCCGACUGUUGGGAAAUAGAAGAAGAGAGUACUUAGCACCCAGAGGAAGAGGGCUAAUCACCUGCACCAAUACCAGCAGGUGGCAAGGGUGUAGAUUAUUUUGUGAUCCAGGCAGAGACCUAAGGAAAGGAGAAGUUGUUUUAAAAAAGUAUAGACAACAAAAUGCUGGUGAGGAUGCAAAACAACGGGAAUUCUCAUUGUCACCAAUGGGAUGGCAAAGCAUAGCAGCUAUUUUGAAAAACUGUCUGGCGGUUUCUUAUAAGGAUCUAAAUAUGGGAGGCAGCCAUUUCACUACCAGAAACUGACCCAAGUCAACUGGAAUCUUACACUCACACAACAACCUACACAAGACUGUUUAAUAGCAGUUUCAUUAAUAAUUGCCCAAAAAACUAGAAAUAAUCCAGAUGUGCUUCCACAGAAGAAUGGAUAAACCAAUUGUGGAUAUUCAAUCCAUGAGUGGCUAUGAGCCUGUCCAUACUCAGCAGGAAAAAGGAAUGAACCAUUGGUUCAAAUAACAACAUGCUCUUAAAUGCAUUUUGCUAAGUGAAAGAGGCUUAGACUUAAAGAGUUACCUAUUUGUAAGACAUUCAGAAAAAGGCAAAGAAAUAGGAAUGGAAAAUAUGUCAGUGUGAAGAAAGGAGGCGCUCACUAUGAGGACCUGCACAAGGGAAUCUUUGAGUGACAGACUGUUCUACAUGGUACUUUGGUGGCGGGUUUAUAACUGUAUACAUUUAUCAAAACACAAAGAAGCACAUACCAUGAAGAGGGACUUUUAUUUAUGUGAAUAUAAAAAAGAUAAUCAGGCUAUCCUGAAAACUCAGAAUAUGACAAACAAAUCUAGUUGUAUAACAAAUGUAUAACAUAGCCUCAUUGAAGGGAGUGAGGGAUUAAAAAAAAAACUAAACUUAAACUUGGAAAGCAAUGUUUUGGCUUAAAAUUUAUAAGAUUAAAAUAAGAAAGAACUGUAUACAAACAGUGCAGUAUUGUUGGCAAAUUGUCUUGCACAGAUACGGGGUUGGCAAUUCUGAAACUACUUUGUAUACUAGGGUUGUACAGAUAAAUAAAUCUACUGUUGAUAAAGAAAGAGAGGUUUCUCACUGGCCCAGAAAGAAAUGACAAUGAGGUAGGGAAAGCUAGGAGGGACCCUGUGAGGUUGCAUUAGAGUUGGCAAUACAGCUUGAACGCUUGUUUAUUUUAAUAGGUAUACAAAGAAAUAAAUAUGUAUACAUUAGCGUAUACAAACAUAUGUUUCCUAGUAUUGUCCAUUAAGAGGACCAAGAAGUAAUGACACCCCAGCAGCAAUGACCACACUCAGCACCCAGAUCCUAGUUUCAAAAUGCUAUUCUCCAACAAAAGGAACCCAAGUUCCUUGGAGAAAUGGCUAGUUCUAGGGCUGAGAUGGAGAAAAUGCAGAAUGAGCUUACGUAUCUUACAGAAAAGGAGCAGAAGAGAGAGAGAGGGGGAAGAGAUGACCACAUGUCAAAAAAAAUGCACCUGGCAGGCAUAUUGGUAGCACAUGCCUAAAAUCCCAGAGACUCUGGAGGAUUGCAAGUUCCAGGCCAGCCUGGGCAACUUAACAAGACCCUAUCUCAAAUAAAAAGGGUUGGGUGUAUAGCUCAGUGAUGGGGUACCCCUUGGUACAAUCCUCAUUACCAAGGGGGGAAAAAACCAAAAGAUCCAACUAAAAGAGCUCCCAAAGACAAAGCGAGAACAAUUUGAGCAAGAAAAAUAAAAAAAUUAUAAUACUGACUGAGUUCAAUCCCUGGUACCCUCCCCACCAAAAAACACUGACUAAUAAUCCAAAGAACAAAAUACAUAUCCAUGAAUGCAUGACAAGGUGGAAUAAAUAAAUUGGAGGAAAGGGAUACGUUUUCUUUACAGGUGAGUUCUAAAUAAUAUAUGUAGAAUGAAAGAAAUAGAAAAAUCUCCAUUAAGAUACCACAAAAUGAUUGCUACAGGCAAAUCUGAUGAAUACAAAAUUAGUGAAAAAUACUUUAAGGA